GUCCCUCUGGCGGGAAAGCGAAUAAGUAGACGGAGGGCGUCGCGCGAUUCCUCGGAGCUCUCAAAAUUGGAAUUCUUCCAUAAAUUUAAGAAGGCAGUGGAAGCAGCGAGCUGUGAGCCAUGCAGACUCCUGGUGGUUCUAGCCGACCUGCUCGGCGGUGUGGUCGGCCUAAACGCUUUGAUGACUCGGACUCUGAUGAUGCUGCUUCCCAAUCAGCAUCAAAGAGAGUUGCAGCUUCAAAAAGAAGGAUAAUGAUGCAAGACUCGGAUGAUGAAACGCCUGCUAAGAGGCAAAGAAUUCUCACAUCCAAAGUGCUAUCAUUCAGGCCAAGCUUUCAGCCUUCAACCCGAGACAAAAUCAAUUGGGCAGCUGCAAGGAAACGACGGCCUGCACCCAAGUCCAGUUCUGGAAAAUGGCCUCAAAGAAAUGCAAAAAAUGCCGAUGGAUCAACUGAUGACGAUGAAGAAGGUGAUGAGGACGACGAAGAGGGAAAUUUGGAAGAUGAUGAAAGAGAGAAUAACGAAGGAGAAGAAAAUAUGGAGGACAAUGGACAGGAGGAUGAAGAGGAAGAAGACACCAAUGACGAGGGAGAAAUGAACGCAGAAGAGGAGCUGGAGAGCAUGUUAUCCGAGUACAGGGAAAUGUUUGGCAAGGCUGUUACUGUGGACAUGUCCAAAGAAAAUGCCAUUGCCAAUGGAAACGUAGAGCAGGCUAAAGAAGAGCUCAAAGAGAACCAGAAAGCUAAGCAUGAAUGUGAAAAUUGUGUUGCACAGAAGGAAGAAAUAGAACACCUUGAAGAGAUGAUAAAGCUCAAGGAUGUUGAAAUGCAGCAAAUUCUGGCAACUGUCAACUCAGCCAAGAGUAUGGGUCAGAAAUUUCCUACAAGUUUAAGCGAGAAUAUCAAGAAACGAAUAUCAUACCAUAAACUGUACCUCGAGGCCGAAAAGAAGAUGCAUAGCAGCCUCAUUGACUCUAAGAAGUGGGAGGCAAAACACAUCGCAGCUGCCAAGAGAGUCAAAGAACUAGAGCAAAAAUGCGAGGCUCUCGAGCUCAAACUAAAAUCGGAAAUGAAGAAACAGGCUCAUAAAACUCCUGGGUUUGUUGAAGUUCCUGCUGCUAAAAUGAAAGAGUUCAUAGAAAUUAAGAACUUCCAUUACAAAAACUGCAAUAAAAUGCACAACAAACUUGAGCAUCUCUCCAAGGAGAAUGCGACUGUGGUUCAAACCCUCCAGAGAAGUGAGCAAGAGUUCAAGAACAAAUUCUUGCGAAUGAAGAAGCAUUAUAACAUGUUACUUGAGUAUUAUCUUCAGAAGGAUGCUCGUCUGUCGAAACGAAAGGAUUUCCUUGACAAGAAGAUGGCUGUGUACAAGGAUGUUGGCAGCAGGCACCAAAUUCUCAGAGAUGCUGCCAAGUAUCUCAAUGAAAAUCAAUUAGUGUUUCUAUCGGGUCAGUUGUCCACUGAGAAGAAUCUCACGGGCAAGGGGAAUUGCUUGCCUUCAAACUACCGCGAGUUGCUACUGUCAAUUUUCCAGCGCAGCUCCACAGCUUAUAAGGUACUGAAGAGCUUCGGUUUUAAUUUUCCCCCCGUGUUGUCCAUACAACAGCUGGCUCAGUCUGAAGCUGUGCGGCCCAGCGAAGGCUCCUACGCGAUGCUUGGGAUGAAGAGCAGACCAGUACCCGCCCAUAAACGCACGCUCAGAGCGCUGUGUUCUGACGAAGAAGAUGAGGAAAUAGCGGACCUGCUUGACGCGUCAACGGCGCAGCACAAUCAGAGCAUCGUCACUGACGAGGAAGCAGAGGACGGCGUAGACGGGGACUACGGUGACGUGCAGCCUGAGGAGAUCAACGAAGAAGAGGAAGAAGAGGGUGGAGCAGAUUACCUCUCAGACGAUGAACCUAAAUUCCCCAGCAAGCUGAAGGAGGCGCAAACUGCCGCCGCCGGAGGAGACGAACUCCAGCAAGAGUACCAGACGGACAUCCAGGAGCAGCUAGAUAAUCAGCUCUCCAGUGAGCUCACUGCGGAACCCCAAUUUGAGACCGUGGAAGCCGACGGUGUCAUGUCCGAUCAUUCACUGGCAGAGCAAGUGGAUGUCAUGGAACAAGUUGUACGUCGGGUGACGGACGUAGUCCAACUGGAGUCUUUAGAUCCCAUCCAGACCGACCAGAUUCAGGAGCAAAUCGAAAUUGACGACAGUUUGGCUGGACCUGAUGAAGCGGCAACAGUUGUUGAUGGAACAGCUGUGGUUGUCACCACCACCGACAGUGUGACCGUCCCGGCCGUUGGUGCGAACGAUGUCGUUGUCAGUGACAUUCAACUGCCUAGCGCGGCUGCGGAGCCGGACGUCGCAGUAGCAACUAAUGUUGACGCGCCCGUCACGUCUCCAGAGGUGCCCGAGAAUAUUGAAAUUGCAGCUGAGACACAAGAUGAUGAGUCCGCUUUGUAGUGAGCAACACUUCAAUGUUACUCGACUCUACCCAGGAAAUGAAUUUCAAUGUUUGAUAUUUUUUUUAAUAUCGAUUGUCAUGGCAUCCAGCGUAUUCAGAAGCAAGAUUAUAAAUGUAACAUUAAAGUUUUUGUGUGUUGGCACUGGGAUUCGGGAAUGAACAAUGACAAAUAAAUGUAUAAUUUUUCAUUUCUUAUCAUAAGGAAUAAGACAGUUACGCCUUAGGAAUGAUCACAGUUGCUUAUUCUUUGAAAACUUAAUUUGUUAACAAGAAGUCAUACAAUUUAACACUAGGAUGUGACUUAACUAAUUUUUGAUGCAGUUUUGAAUUGUACUAUUGAUGUACAUGUUGAAUAUUACAGCAUUUGACAAUGACGUGGAAUUUUCAUAAUUAUUAAUGUUCAGUUCGACGUAAUGGUUAUAAUUUUUGAGAACAGGUCUUUAAAAAAGGAAAUUAGCGACCCAGAGAAUAUUAUAUGAUCCUUUACAUUACAAACUACAUGAUCUGCAAUGAAAACUAGAUUUUCGGAUGUAAAUAGUGUGAAUAAAAGUUGAUGUCGCUAUUAGGUAGUUUCUUCUAAAUCUACAAAAGGUUAUCUUCUUGUUAAAAAAUUUAUUGUUGCUUAUAGGACGAAGAUAUACCUAUGCAAAAUCUCUCAAUCAUUGCAUAACAUCCUGGCACUUUCGUCAAUUCUCAAUUUGUUAACAGAAACUGAGCGAUGGCAUUGUCUCGUUUUCUCUAUAUCCAAACAUGUUCACCUUAGGUACAAAAUAAUGAUAACUGUAAAUAUAUUCUUACACGA